UUGUGCCAUAAACUAUCUAUCCUAAUUGGCAGCUAUUUGGGUUCUUCUGUCGGCCGAACUCCCGUUUUUGAACUGUGGUCACUAAAUAAAGGGGUUCUGACCUGGGAAAGCCCAUAUAUUCCUCUCAUUGGAUGGGGAGCGGGGACAGUGUCUCCGGCGAUCUCGAGAAUAGGAGGGAAUGUUGACCAGGGAGCACCGCUGCGGCCGAUCAAAGGAGCAGGAACCGGAGCCCGGGCUGAGUCCGAAAAAAGCCGGAUCCGGACGGUGGCUCCGGAACGGCUGGAAGUAGAAGAUGGAGGAGGCGGAGGAACCGGCGGACAGUGGGCAGUCGCUGCCACCGGUUUACAUCUACAGUCCCGAAUAUGUCAGCAUGUGCGACUCCCUGGCCAAAGUCCCCAAACGGGCCAGUAUGGUACAUUCUUUGAUUGAAGCAUAUGCACUGCAUAAGCAAAUGAGGAUAGUUAAGCCCAAAGUGGCCUCCAUGGAGGAGAUGGCCACCUUCCACACUGAUGCCUAUCUGCAGCAUCUCCAGAAGGUCAGCCAAGAAGGAGAUGAUGAUCAUCCAGACUCCACAGAAUAUGGGCUAGGUUAUGACUGCCCAGCGACCGAAGGGAUAUUUGACUACGCAGCUGCUGUAGGAGGGGCUACAAUCACAGCGGCCCAAUGCCUGAUUGAUGGAAUGUGCAAAGUAGCGAUUAACUGGUCCGGAGGGUGGCAUCAUGCAAAGAAAGAUGAAGCAUCUGGUUUUUGUUAUCUCAAUGAUGCUGUCCUGGGAAUAUUACGGUUGCGACGGAAAUUUGACCGUAUUCUCUAUGUGGAUUUGGAUCUGCACCAUGGAGAUGGUGUAGAAGAUGCCUUCAGUUUCACCUCCAAAGUCAUGACGGUGUCCCUGCACAAAUUCUCCCCAGGAUUUUUCCCAGGAACAGGUGAUGUGUCUGAUGUUGGCCUAGGGAAGGGACGGUACUACAGUGUAAAUGUGCCCAUUCAGGAUGGUAUCCAGGAUGAGAAGUAUUACCACAUCUGUGAAAGUGUACUAAAGGAGGUAUACAUAGCCUUUAGUCCCAAAGCAGUGGUCUUACAGCUGGGAGCUGAUACAAUAGCUGGGGAUCCCAUGUGCUCCUUUAACAUGACUCCAGUGGGACUUGGCAAGUGUCUUAAGUACAUCCUUCAGUGGCAAUUGGCAACGCUCAUUUUGGGAGGAGGAGGCUAUAACCUUGCCAACACAGCUCGAUGCUGGACAUACUUGACCGGGGUCAUCCUAGGGAAAACACUAUCCUCUGAGAUCCCAGAUCAUGAGGGUGAAAAUAAUCAGGGACAAGAAGAGGAAGGGAUUUAUGUGAAUAAAUAAGAUACUGUCUUACAGCCAAAGCAACGUUCAGAUUCUCAGCUGGCAAAGAAAUUCUUGAGCCUGAUCUGUAGUGGAAGUAUGAGCGAACUGCUGAAUGGAAUGCAAAGAAAACCCUGGGCUUAACCUCCGUUCCAGUCAGUCUACAGAGUCUCAGAGCAGUACUAUUCCUGGAAGGCAAAGUGCUUGCCCAUGCACUGUCCUACCCCCAGCAUGAGAAAUCCAGGGCCUCCGUGACUGUGCCUGCACCCUGCCUCCUAUUUCUGCAGUCCAGUUGCUUUGGUGAAAUGGGAAUGUACAAUGCCUAUCCAUGAAGGACCACUCUGAAAGUGAUUUAUAAACUGUAAAGUACUAGGGGAUGUCAGGUGGCCCUGUCACUCGCCCAUUUCUAUUGUAUACUGCACUCCUUCACUUGUCUUCUCUCAUUAUUGGACAAAAACCACAGAAAUCUGUGGUGAGAGGUCAGGCCCUGCAUAUAUCACUCAUUCACAAGUCCCAAGGCAUAGAAGCAUAAAUCGACCUCAAUUCUAGAUUUCCCAGUCUACACAUGGAGAGCAUUUGCCAAUCAGUAACCUCACAAAGAUGUCAUAGAAUGGUCAUUAAUUGCCUUAAGACAGCUUUUGGUGGAGGGGAGAGCUUUAAAGCCUUUUGAAGGAAAACCUCACAAUUUCAACAUGCUGUUAUUACUUCUGCACUGAAGUAAAAACUCUGGUGUUUAUAUAACCUUUUAUUCCAAUGUCAGAAAUUUGAUGACUUCUCAUGGCUCUGCCGUGAAGUGAGGAGAAGGCAGUCACGCUGUAGGUGCUAUAGCCAGUGAGGUGCUCUGCCCAGAGUGACUGGAAAGCAAGAUCGAAAAGCCAAGCACCAUCCACUCUGCAGACUAGGGCAUCCUUGGGCUGUAUUAAAGGACUGCUAUCCUUCCUCAGCACCUCACCCAAGCUCUACAUUUAGUAAACAGAGGAACUUGAAAUUUGUGAUAAAAUUACAUUAAAAAAAAAGAACUUCAGCAUUCCAUUCACUCAUCUGCUGGUUAUUUGAGUAUGUACUUACUAGCACUUUCCAGAACAAAGUAAUCCCCAUGUAGAGACAAAGAUGGGUCUAAUACCAGGGCAUGGUGGGGAAGGGGCAUUGCACUCCUUCCCUCCUCUACCCUCCUUUUCCCAGGGCCCAUCCAGCUGACAGGUGCCAGAAGGCAAGAAAUGUUACCAAAUGUUAGUUUCCAGCCCCAAAGAAGCUGUCACAAAAGGGAGACAGAACAAGGCAGCUCUUAAAAUCCUUCAACUGAGGGAUAUAGCAAGGCCUAUCUAAUUACACAAAAUUAGAAACGGUUUAACUUGUUGAGAAUGUGCUACAUGUGAAAUGAAAUAAAAUGAUACCUCUGGCACCCUGCAAUGAUACUGUAUUGGAAGGAAAGCACAAAGCAUUUGUUCACGCUA